AUGUCUCAUUUUAACUAUGGCAACAAUGCCCAAUAUCCCCCUCCCCAGAACCCAAUCUACCCACAAAUUUAUAACCCUGCAAAUGCUCCACCUCCAGGCCAACCAGCACAACCAAAUUACCCCUACCAAAUCCCUGGACAAAAUCCUCCUUAUCCAUACCAGCCAGGAUUUGCCUAUCCAUAUCAACCGGGAGCAACUAUUCAACCUAAUGCAGUCCCAGCAGCAAUGUCUUACCCAAAUGUAAUGCCAACUGCACCACCAUAUGGUUACCCUGGUCAACCUAUGGUAACACCAACACAAUCUUAUGGGUCUCCCGUCGAAUGGAUUCCUACUACACCUAGAGAUGCCCCAACUCUAAGUGACAAGGCAAUUAUUGCUGGAUAUGAAGGCUACGAUGGCAGCCCCCUGUGGAUCAUUCGAGCUCGGUAUGAAGGUGAUCUGAUUCCAGGCAAACUUGCUAUUAAACAUCAUGCUGCUUAUGUACCAUGGGGUGGAAAAGAAAAUCCUGUCCAAAACAUUGAGGUAUGCUGUGCUAGGCCUGAGAAGGUUCGUUGGAUGGAAAGCCGUGAUGGUGUCAUUCCUCCAAAUGCCAUUGCAGGAGGCAAUACUUCUUCUGGGGAACCUUUGUAUAUUGGUAGAGCCAAAGAGCAGGGAUCAUUGACACCAGGAAAGGUACAUCCAAGUCAUAAAGCUUUGUAUAUGCCAUUUGCUGGCAAUGAGAUUGCCCAUAAAGUGUAUGAAAUAUUGUGUAGCGCC